AUGCUCAGGGGCCUCCGCCGGCGCCGCGCCCACCCCGGGUCCGGGACGACGACGACGUCCGUCGUCUACGCCGACCUCUACCGCGCCGUCACCGACCUCGUCGUGUCGCCCGGCAGACACGGUUUCGGGGAUAGGCCGCUAGAAGUGUGCUGCGGCGGCGGCGGCGGCGCCUACAACUUCGACACGGCGUCGUUCUGCGGCGCGGCGGGGACGAAGACAUGCGCGGACCCGUCGGCGUACGUCUACUGGGACGGGGUGCACUUCACGGAGGCCGCCAAUAGACGCAUCGCCUACUCCGUGCUGCAGAGGUUAUCGUGGGUCGUCACGGAGGCUGGCCGCUGUAAGAUCGGGUGCGCCUGCGCCUGA